CAGUGGCUCUGUUUGGCAUUCGGGCCCUGAGAGUGGCAGGGCAGGUGCUGGGGGGCUGGGUCGGGCGCCCCGGGGGGCUGGGGGCUCUUUGGAGGGGGGCAGUUCACUUGGGCAAUUGCUCUCUACCCCGGGGCGCGCUCCGGACCUGGGCGGGUGCCCCCCCACUGCACAUGGCGGCCAAAGUGGACCUCACCACUUCCACCGACUGGAAAGAGGCAAAAAGUAAAGUAUCUGAGUGGCCUGAGCCAGAAGCAGCGGCGGGAGCAUUACUUCACCAAGGACUUUCUCCCUCUGAAGAGCAUUGACACCUGGAAGAAGAUGGCUAAGAAUGUCCGCGUGAAGCAGCCUGAGGGGGCCAAGUUCCCCAAGGAUGCAGCCCUUAAUGAGAAGAUCUCGUUGCUGCGUCAUGACAUCACCAAGCUGGAGGUUGAUGCCAUCGUCAAUGCUGCCAACAGCACCCUGCUUGGCGGAGGUGGAGUGGACGGCUGCAUUCACCGAGCUGCCGGGGAGCUGCUGAAGGAAGAGUGUCGCUCGCUGAGCGGGUGCGAGACCGGCGAGGCCAAGAUCACGUGUGGCUACCGCCUGCCAGCGCUGUGGGUGAUCCACACUGUGGGACCUGUUUGCCAGGGUCCCCCCGGGCCCACACAGGAGGCCGCGCUGCGGAGCUGCUACAGUAACAGCCUGCACGUUGCGCAGGAUGCGCAGCUGCACUCUGUGGCCUUCCCCUGCAUCUCCACUGGGGUCUUCGGCUACCCCAGCGAGGCCGCAGCUGAGGUGGCACUGGGCACGCUACGGGAGUGGCUGCAGGAGCACAAGGACAAGGUGGAGCGCCUGGUGCUGUGCGUGUUCCUGGAGAAGGACGAGGCCAUUUACAAGGACAAGCUGCCGCUCUACUUCCCCGUUGGUGACUCCGUGGAUGCUGCUGCCCUGGACUGACUCCCCCCCACUCCCCCAUGUAUUUUGGGGCACAGGGCAUACCCCCCUGGCACUUUGCCCCUCCCCAGUGUUUGGCUAAUAAAGGAUUUGGUGCCA